GCUUGCGUCAUCGCCGCGGGCGCUGCUUCCUGUUGUCUGAGGCUGCGAGGCGGCCACCGGGUCCGGAGCGAAGCUGAGGGGCUGCCGCGGCCCUGAGCGCCCGUCACCGCCUCCCGGCUCCCUGUGGUCAUCAAGAAGAGGCUUGUGGGCUCCAUGAAGGCCUUGCAGAAGCAGUACGUGUCCUGGGACACGGUGGUGACGAGUGAGGAUGCCGACGCCAACACCGUGUACAGUGCCCUGGAGGCCAUGUUCAUCCACUGUCUGCACACCAAGCACAUCCUCGCCGAGGAGGGAGACGAAAGGAAGAAGCAUGCUCAGUGGAAGCCCUUGUCGCAGCCUGCCUUCUGGCUCCUCUGAAAGCCAUCACCCACAGUUCCCCGAACCCUGCAAGGAGUGAUCCUUGAGCUCAGACCCAGGAGUCAGCCCUGCGCAUCGCCAGGGAGGACUCCAUGCCAGCAGCAUUCGGGUCUGGUGGGCGAGCUGACCAGCGCAGCCUGCCAGGGGAGCAGCCAGCCAGAACCUCGGGAGGAUGGAGCCGAACUGAGCAUCGUGGUUCCCUCACCCGCAAGCCCAUAUCUAGUAACUACCGGAUAUUGUCAGACCAGUGACAGUCAAGUGGCCCUGGCAUUCAAGAAAUUGAAAAUUCAGGAGGCUGACAGAAUUCUCAGUCAUAAUCCUCGAACAACUAUGGAAGAUUCAUAUCUUUUUCAAUUGCCAGCAUUAAAAUAUCUAGACAUGGGAGCAACACAAGUGUCACUUGGACCAGUCCAAAACAUCCUCAUGAUGACUCUUAAAUUGGAAAAACUGAUAUUACCUAGGCAUCUCACCUGCUGCCUCUGCCAAUUUAAGAAUAAAAUAGACUCUGUCUGCAAAGUAGUCAAACUACAUUGUGAAUGUACCAGCAGCACACACUGCGGGCGACCAGCAUGGCUGCUGGGAGCUCCGAUCCUAACGCAGAUUCUGCACCCCGUCCUGCUGAUCCCCGACCCGUCCGUCCCCAAGCCCUGGAUUUCUCCUUCCCGUGCUCCUGCACUUGAAUCCCCUCAUGCCCUUCAACCCCGGGCCAAGUCCGGGUUUUUUGAUCGUUUCACCUCGACUGUUGGCCGGAUGUUGUUCCCGCCGCAGAAGUUUAAAGGUUUCAUUCCCAUCCGGGAUGAAUACUCAGUUGGAACUCCCAGAAAGUCUAAGAAACCUCAUCAUCGACCACAACAGAUGCAGGAUGAGGACUUAGAUUCCAGUAUGGAUAUCUUUUAUCCCGAGGGGAGAGAACCCUUGGAUGUACUGGGAGAUUCAGAGAAACACCCACAGAUCCCUCACAAGACUGAAUCCUUUUCACCCCAGUCCCAGCAUCCAGAACCCUCUGAAGAGCUAGAACAGCUUCCCUUUAAGGCCCUGGAAGCUGAAGUUUCAGCAAGCACACAACAGACCCCAGCUGCACUUCCAGGAUCUCCUGAGGAAUCGAAACCUUUAGUUCAGGACUUAGAUUUGCUGUCCAGUACCCCUGAAGAGGGUGAUACUGCUUCAGUCCUGCCAGAAAUCCUAGUUCAGCCUACAUUGGGUCCUGAGGAAAUGGGGUCUUCAGUACCUCAGGAGGUGGAAGCUCAGUCUUCAGAGUCAGGUCUGAAAGCUCAGUCUUUACUGCAUCAUCAGCCAAAUGAACUGUCUCCAGUCCAGAAAGAAGCCCAUCUUUCAAAUAUAUCUACUGUCAUCAUCAAACCUGCCUAUCUGCAGAUUACCGGAACUCCAAGAGUCAACAAGCAGGAUGAAAUUUCAACCCAGCCAGAAACCCUAAGUCUAAGUCACACAGGAGAGACCCGUGAAGAGAAUGAACACUCUCUAGCUCAAGAGGUGGCCCAGUCUCAGCCUCUAGAGAGCCCUAAGGGUGACUCUGCCAUACAGCAGGAGGCAGUGGCUCAAGCUCCAGAGAUCCUUGAGGUGACUGAAUCUUCUAUCCAGCAGGAAUCCCUAGCUCAGCCUCCUGAAUCUUCUAUGGAGUUGGAAGCUCAACCAUUUCUUCAUCCUGCGGAAAAUCUUCCAACUCCAAAUCAGAAUGGAACUUCACACUUAAACUUGCCCCAUGUCACUGCUCAGCAUUUGAGUGUGACAUUUUCCAUUUUUUCAGAGGUUGGUGAUGAGCUUGAAUCUUCUCCAGUGCCACAGGAGGCCCUGGAUCAGCCGUCUGAGCCAUCUGAGGAAUCUGUCACUAAUCCACCUCCGCAUCCCGAAGAGUUUAUUACAUCUUCACGUCACAAUGAAUCCCCAAGCUUAAAUUUGACAUAUGUCAGUGCUAAAGCUAUUGGUGUGACAUUUUCCAUAUCUACAGAGAUCAGUAAUGAGGAUGAACCUUCAGUCCAGCAGGAGAUGCAGGCUCAGUCUCCUGAGCCAUCUGAGGAAUCAGUCACUCACCCUUUCCCGCAUUCUGAAGAAAAUAUUCCAUCUCCAAGUCACAGUAAAGCUCCACACAUCAACUUGCCCAGUGUCACUUCUAAUCCUAAGGGUGUGACUAUUUCUGAAACUACAGAGGUCAUAAAUGAGGUCAAACCUUCAGUUCAGCAGGAGGCCCAGGCUCAACCUCCAUCCCAAGAGGUCCAGGCUUCAUUUCCAGGCCUCUCUGAGAACAUGGAAUUAUCUGGCUGGCAGAUUGUAUCAUCAACCAUUUCUGAAACACAGAAGUUCCAGAGUGAGAUGGUAGCUCUACAUUUGGGUCAGACUCUAACUCAGCUUUCGCCAGACAAGGAACCUGCUGAGAAAAUGGAAAUUUCUUCAGCUGUGCAGGAGACCCUCACUCAGCUUUCAGAGUUACCAACAGAUAUCGUUUUGGCUCAGGCUUCAGAGCAUUUGGAAGGACCACUUUCAGCAUCAACUCGGCAUCCAUCAUCAGUCUGGGUCACGACUCUCACGGCAGAACCAAGUAGGGAGAGCAAAGCUUCUACGACCCUGAAGAAGACUACCGCUCCCACAGAGCACACUGUGACAAAACCAACAGGGAAUGUGCGGACUCAUUCAAUCGCCACUAAGAUUUCAGCUCUACCCAGUCUGGGGGUUUUGAAGACAGUACCUUCUCCAACCACACAAAAGACUACAGGUCAGACUUCUCAUCAAAAUCAACCUUCUACACACCAAUAUAUAACUGUAACUCCGGAACGCACUGUGAAGACUAAACCCUCGACAACCCUGACAAGUACCAGUGCUACAGAACACUCAGAUGUGACACCUAUCACACCAUCUCUGAGUCCUCAUUCAAACCUGAGUGAAGUCACGUAUCCACCUAUAAACAAGGACGUUCCUGUCACUGAAGGCAGGUCAGUUACAGCUCCAACCAUGCAAGAGACUGGAGUUCCGUCUUCAAAGGCCCCAAAGAAAGCCGAGGUAACAGUUUCAACAAGUACCACUCUGACAACCCCCACAGAGGGAUUGCUGUCAGAACAGGGUCAGCAUCAACACACAGAUCUGAGUGAACAGACAUCUAUAACUUUGGACGAAACGCCACAACCAGAAACAUCAAGGACAGCUUCCCUGACUCACUCUUCAGCCCUAUCUUCUGGACGAUCUACUUCCGAAAAGGCACAUGUAGAUUUCCCUGAGCAACUACAACAGAAUGAACACAUGACCUUCAACAUAUGUGAGCUUUGUACCUGCACAGAGGAUACCCUCUCCUGCACCGGUCUCAGUCCAGAGAAGAGACUCCGUAGAGUGCCUGUGCCAGGGCCCAACAUCAACAGGACCUUCACUAUACUGAAUUUCCAAGGAAACUCUAUUUCUUCCAUUGAUGGAAAUACAUGGAAGGCAUACCCUUGGGUUGAGAAACUAAUCCUCAGUGACAAUUCUUUGACUGAAUUACAUAAGGAUUCAUUUGAAGGCCUGCUAUCCCUCAAGUACUUAGAUUUAUCCUGCAAUAAAAUACAGUUUAUUGAAAGGCGUACAUUUGAAGAACUACCAUAUCUGCAGUAUAUGAAUCUUAGUUGCAAUUUAAUCACCGAACUGAGCUUUGGAACGUUUCAGGCCUGGCAUGGAAUGCAGUUUUUACAUAAGAUAAUUCUCAGUCAUAAUCCUCUAACAGCUAUUGAAGAUUCAUAUCUUUUUCAAUUACCAGCAUUAAAAUAUCUAGACAUGGGAGCAACACAAGUGUCGCUUGGACCAGUCCAAAACAUCCUCAUGAUGACUCUUGAAUUGGAAAAACUGAUCUUACCUAGGCAUCUCACCUGCUGCCUCUGCCAAUUUAAGAAUAAAAUAGACUCUGUCUGCAAAGUAGUCAGACUACAUUGUGAAUGUACCAGCAGCACACACUGUGAUGAGGAAUCCAUAAAUAAUAUAGAAGGGGAGUUCAUGGAGACUUUACAGGCCCGAAAAAAGAACACUAGCACCGAACUGACCAUAGAACCGGACAAGGCCUCAUCAGAGAGAGACAGAAUGUCCUUUUUCAUAAAUGAGCAGCUGGACUUCAAUGAUAAUGAUAUGAUGAAUAAGCUAAAUUACAUAAUGCCUUUUUUCCAGGAAGGUAACAUAAAAGAUGUUGAAUCAACCUUGUUACCCUUCCUUAAGCUCCUUUUUAAAGAUGUAAAAGACAAAGCAAAUCCUGGGGUUCAUUUGAAGAACAGCACAAUUCCGAUGUCUCUACAGCUUGAAUCCAACAAUUCAACAUACAAUAAGUUGAAAAGUCUCCAUUUUCUGAAAAGCUUGAUAAAUGCAGCAACUCAAGCAAAAGUCCACAAAGCUAGGAAGAGAGAGAAAACUGCCACGCUGGUCCGUUCCAUACUUUUCGGGCCCAAAUUGAACCGUCAGAUCUUUCCGAAGAAAUUGAAAACUGUCUGGCCAAAGAGAAAACACUUAGGGAAGGUGGCAGAGAGGGAGAGGAAACCACUGCAGAUGAGCAGCGUGCUCAAGGACCCCGGGGGCCUCCAGAAAAAAGAGCUUCCCUUAGCGGGGAGGCCCAGGAAAUGGGUGGAAAACCCCUUCAAUGAGGAGUCAAACUCCAUCCAGGAGCACAAGGCGGUGUUCUCCAUGCCCCUGGAAGAAUUCUCCAUGGGCAGGCCAUCUGCUGCCACUUCUAAAGUCCCACCCGAGAACCCCAAAGACCUAAGAGACACUUUCCGCGUUUUAGAAGACGCAGAUGCCAGGGUUCGGAACAUGAAGUUUCCCAGCCCCGUGCCACACAAUAAAAUAAAUUAUAAUUUUCAGAAAUCUUAUUCUCACCUGGGAAGCAGAAGGGCUAAAGCCAGCACGAAUAGAGACACGAAAGAAUCAGCACCCGAGAGGCCGGUGCGGGUCGCCAAGCGGCCUCCUUUCGCUGCGGUGAAGAGCCUCAUCAAGUCCCCGCCAAGAGAGGAGUCUCUGUCUUGGAGAGAUCAGAACAAACCUUUGCUCCAGUCCUUUCAACCUUCACACUCAUCUGCAGGAAAGAAGACCGCAGAAAGCACGCAUGCUGCAAAUGGGGCGAACACCAGAGGCAUCACGGUGCCAGAGAAAACGGUCGGUAGCAAAGGCACCUCCCAUGAGAAGGACGCCCCGAUGGUGGACAACCUCACGCCGACUGUCAAGCAGUCCAGCGAGAUACAGUGGGAAUAUCACAACGUGGCCACGGACAUCGUCUCUGCCACACAAAGACCAGACCCAGGAGACAAGCUGGAGAUGGAAUACAUCCAGCAGCUGCGGUCCCUUAUCCCCAACAACAACGUGAGGAAGUUCAUUGCUCACUUGAUGCGGACUCUCAAAAUGGACUGCUCUAAGCCCCAGGUGCAGGUGGCGUGUGCGAAGAUCCUCUCUGAAACCGGCCUCCUGAUGAAGCUUCUCAGUGAGCAGGAGGAAGGAAAGGUUCCCAAGCCAGAAUGGGAUACGGAACAGUGGAAGACUGAGAACUACAUUAGUGAGAAUACCGAAGGCCAGAGUGAACAGAAACAGCCAGACGAAAGUGAGCUCACAAAAGAAGUUCCAGGAUAUGGCUAUCAUGAUGGCUAUCAUGAGGCCAAAGCAAUCGUGGUAAUAUUUGUGAUUGUAGUCGUGAUGAUAUUGAUUAUAAUUAUCGGUCUCAUUGAGAUAUAUGGUCAGAGACGAAGAAAAUUUAAAAAUGGAAGAUCCAGGCCCUCUGGAAGUUCUCAUAAGAGAGUAGAAAGAAGAAAGAGUCAGGGGGGCUUCAUCUGGCGAAGGUGGCCCCUGUGCGUGAGAGACACAUACCGGCCACUCAGUGUCACACAUAAGAAAAGCAAAAAACUGCAUGACAAGGAUUCCUCUGAUGAGGACAUAAUUUUCAGCAGAUAUCCAGGGGAGCUCAAGGAGGUCAUAGUAAGAAAAACAACGGAAUUGACUCCGGAGGAGAAAGCAGCCAAGAAGACCAAGGCAGCCAAGAAGACCCAGGGAGCACAGGAACCUCAGCGCCCCCCAACACGUGUCCCCCUGGCACGACAGACCGGCAAAUCUCCACUUGGAACCCCGACAUCACAGACACCCCAGUCACAACUGUCCAUCAAGGCUCCACAGGCCCCCCAUGCACUCGAGUCCUUCAGAUCCCAGGAGAUCCUGUCAUCACAGGAGAUCUCAACUCAGAUUGAGGAAGUACAGGACUCCUCAAAAGGAGCCACCGUGUCCGAAUGAACGGCUCCCGCCUCAGACCACCUGGAAAUUUGUCUUUCAUAGUGAAAGACUCCAUGCUCUUCUAAUAAAAUCACGACGAGCCACAUCCAAGUACUGUACUAAUAAGUUCUUUACAUGCUUGGAAUUUGAAACCUCAUAACAACCCUAUACUUUAUUACAAAACAGAGGCUUGGUUAGGUUACAUAAUGUCCCAUAUUCUUACUACUUACAAUGCCUAGAUCUAAAUCUUUGAAAUGACUGUCUAUACUCAUGAUCAGUAUUCAUCCUUUUUCUUGUCCUUUGCUAGAUCUCCAAUCAAGUCUCCUAAAACAUUUUUUAAAAAUCAUCUUACCAAUCAUCUUUUUUAAAAAUCAUUUGAAAAAAAAUCAUCUUACCUCUGCCUGCUUCCCCCAAUCUUAUCGACCCAGGGGUCACACCCAUAAGCCACCUCCUGUAGGCACCAGAUAAUCAUCUCAUCAGCCACUGUCCAGAAUUCUGCUGCUUCUCCUGGAAGGGAGAAUAAAAUGAGGCCUCCCGUAGCCAUGCUACCGGACUCCUCACCAGGCUGUUUACAUUCAGGGGUGCACAAGAGGGGCGCAGGUGAGAGCCCUCCCCACCCCAAGGGUCUCAGCCCUGGCAGCCGACCUCCACUACCCAACCGCCGCCAUACUCUGAGCCGCUUUUCACAUGCUUGGGCCGAGCCUUACGCAUGAGUGGACAUAUUCCUGGAUCUCGCAGCAACUUGAUGGCCGUGUGACACAUCAUCAUAGAGGGAAAUUUAUGUAAAUGCCUCUUGGAGAGCCCAGCAAGCUACCAAUAGUAUCCUGCCCACAUGGCGGAGCCUGGUAAGCUCCCUGUGGUGAAUUCAAUAUGCCAAAAAAUAAACAAUAACAGGUCUCAUUCUCCUGACCCCAAAAGAGCCUCCAAUCAUUGGGAAAGACGAGUAAGGAGAGGCUGCUAAAAUCUCAGGGCUGGUCGAGUGGAGACGUUACUGGCACCUGCCCAAGUAAAUCAAUGAACAACAGGAUGACAGUGAUGCAGUAAAGAGCUUCUCAGCAAUUCCUAUAAAAUACUUAUUUUAUCAUUUAAAAAUGAAUAUAUGAGUAAGUCCAGCAAUGGACUUGGGAAUUAAAGCUAAAAAAAGAGGUCAACAUUCGUGUAACCAAUAAAGGCCAUUGGCAGGAUGCAGGACUGGAGCUGGAAUCCCUCCCCUAGCAGGGAUGAGGUCCGAGAGGAAUGGGUGGGAUGGGAGGAUGGGAGCCUCUCCUCAUGCCCCCAGAAUAAUCGUCCCUGAAGAGCUGUUAAAACCACCAUGCUCCAGCAGGGAUGAGUAUUAAAGCAAAACACAGCCAAUCCUGUCGUUCUCUCCAAGGGCUCCCCAAGUGCCACAGCAGUUAAUGACAGCAGACUCAACUCCUGCCCCUACUUAUGGGGUCACUCUAACGGGCUCUUGAAAUGACCAGAACUUUUGCAGCAGUGUCUAUACCGCUGUUGAUGCUAAGACCUGUCUGUUUUCCCAAACUCUCAAACUUAUCCACAAGUGCAUGCCUGUAGGAUAACAUAGCCUCUGAUAGUUUAGAUUUAUUGGGUUACUCCCGUUACGGUGCUCCCAUUCCUCUGUGUUUAUUUGUAGUUUCUUAGUAUUCUGUUGACUUGUAAAUAUUGUUUUGUAUUUCUGUUCUCCUUGAGUCCUUUGCAUAGUUUAUUCAGAGCCAUGUCCUUUCUUGUAUAGACACAAGAAGACAAUAUUAUGCCUUUGUAACUUGGGACUUAAUUGGCCUCGAAUAUUAUUCCCUCCCGGGCAUCUGCUUUCUCCAGUUAAACCUCAGUUGCCCUCAGUUCCUAGCACCCCCAAAACAGGGUCCCGAUGAGGGAUGGGAUGGAUCCAGGGCAAGCGGUGAGUUAUGUGCUACCCUGGCAUCCAGAUGGGCCUGGCCAAAGUGCCUAAUUCUUUUUUCUUUUUUUUUUUUAAUAUGGAACUCUUCGCGAAUUUGCGUGUCAUCCUUGCGCAGGCCAUGGUAAUCUUCUCUGUGUCGUUCCAAUUUUAGUAUAUGUGCUGCCGAAGCGAGCACCAAAGUGCCUAAUCUAAACUAUAAGUUAAGAGCUUGAUCAUGGGCAAAUGCUAUCAUGAUCCAAAAGUAAUGACGAGACUAGGACCCUGUUAGGGAUAGGAAAGACUAAUCUGGCUUGAGCACUGUAGUCUGAGAUCGAGAUGGCUCCAGGAGAGCAAUUCUAUAAGCUUUAAUACAUUUCUUAUAGUGUCCAUACAAAAUGAUUAAUAUUAUGAAUGCUUAUAUGCUUGCUAGAUGAGGAGAAGAGAAACACACUCAUGGGUCUCCGCCCUUGGGUGGAUCCUCCUGCUGAAAGAGAAUCAGUCCUAGGAGAAGCAUCCCCUGAGGGAAAGGAACCUUACCCCUAUUGAUUGUGACCACACCUCUGUGUAAGCCCCAACCCCCUCAUGCUGGGGGGAUUUAACUAGGCUGUAAAAGUGGGUUGGGGGGCCAGAUCCACAGAUCCAGGGAGAGAUCUAGAACUGGGACAGAAGCAGAGAGUGAGAAUGAAAUAAACUGAUCGAGCAACCA